AUGCCUGGCGCAGGGUCGAGGGGCAUCGGCCUCCUGGUUUGGAUCGUCGUCUUCACCUUUGUCGACGCUUCGGUGCUGUGUCUGCGGGCAUGGUCCGCGAGGGUGAUGAGGAGAUCGUUCUACUGGGACGAUGGGAUGAUUAUGUUUGCGUUUGCCAACUUGGUGGCGCUGGAAGGCGUGGUCAUCUGGGCCAUUUACAAUGGUCUGGGAAAACACACCGAUGAGUUGUCGCUUGAGGAAUAUGCCGUGCAGUUCAAGCUCAUCCUCGCCAGCGGCGUCACCUGGCUCCUCGGUACCGUCUUCAUCAAGAUGGCUAUCUUGUGGCUCUACACGCGCAUCUUCGCUACGGCCCAGUUCAAGCGCUGGUCCCGGGUCCUGAUGGGCUUCACGGGCGCCUACGGCGUCGCGUUCCUCAUCAUCUUCAUGACCCGGUGCUUGCCCGUGUCGCAGCAGUGGGCGCCCGUCCCCGGUGGCCACUGCCGCGACAUCACCAUCGACCAGAUCGUCUCCGUGACCAUCAACAUUGUCCUCGACAUCGCCAUGACGGUACUCCCGAUGCCGGCGUUGUGGGGCCUGCAGAUGCCCCUGAAGAACAAGAUUGCCGUCAGUGCCAUGUUUGGCAUGGGCUUUGCAACGAUCGCCAUCAUGAUCUGGCGCCUCGUCAACACGGUCGUCACGAUCGGGGAUCCGGACUUCGUCUACAACCUCCACGACAUCGGCCUCAUCAGCCUCCUCGAGCUGUGGAUCGGCAUCAUCAUCGCCUGCCUGCCCACCCUCGGCCCGCUGUUCAAGACCUACGUCAAGCCCGCCGUCUCGCGCUUCGGCUCCAAGCUGACGGACCCCUCGACCGACAAGGGCGGCGCGGCCGUCCACCUCAAGGACCUCUCGAGCAGCGGCCACAGCGGCCGCCACCUCCCGCGCCGGACGUACGACAAGCUCGGCGACAACGUCUCCUACGACGACCUCGAGCGCGCCGAGAUGCCAGGGGCGGGCGCCGCCGUUACGACCAAGUGCCAGUUUUCCCCGGAGUUCGAGGCGCCGCGGGGCAGCAGGCCGGGCAUCUAUGUCCACCAGGACAUCGCAUCCGAAACACAUCAGCGGGGGCGCGGGGGUCUGAGUCAGUAG